AUGGCUUUGCAAACGCAGCUGGAAAAGAUGGGUGCCAAAGUGCUGAUACACAAGCUGACAGACCAACUGGCGCGCCUUGAGCAAGGAGACACGACAGCAGAAACCCUUGUCCACCAGCUCGAGGCGUGGACCGCUUCGGGAAGCCAGCGCGUGCUAGACCCUCUCCCACGUGUCAGACCGCUGGUGGAUCGGGGCGCCACCCUGGGUCUGCUGGAGCAGCUGUCGUCGCAACUGCCGGAUGGCUUUGCUAUUCCGCCGUCGCGCGUUGCGCACAGCGCUCCCCAGGCCGCCGGCUGGCUCACAUCUGCGCUUCGCUGGCCGCUCAUCGUAAAACCUCUACCAGCACAUGGCUCGAGUGAUGCGCACCGCAUGUGCAUUGUCAACAACCUGGCCUGUCUGGAGCAGCUCAGCUACCCGGUUCUGUGCCAAAACUUUUAUGACCACGAUGCACUCUUGUACAAGGUAUUUGUUCUCGGUGACCGGCAUCACGUAGUGCCACGCCCAUCCAUUCGCAACGUGGACCCUGCUGCGCGGGGUGAAGCAACCCUUAUGGCCUUUGAUUCUCACGACGUGUCCAAAGCACACUCGCAAACCUACUUGAAUGACGCUGUGGCCAUGAAGACAGCUCUGGCCAGCAACGUUCUGCGUCGGCCUGACCUGGCCCUGCUGGCCGACCGAAUGCGCCAACACCUUGGUCUCACGUUAUUUGGCUUUGAUGUGGCAGCUGAGACGAGCGUGCACUACAUUGUGGAUGUCAAUUAUUUUCCUGGCUACAAGGGCAUUGAAUCAUUCCAAGAGGAUCUGUGCCACCUUCUCCGCCAGACCGUGGAUAGCUUGGAGUGA